AUGUUCAAACGUCCCCAACUCGAAGGCUGGGAGCGCGCAGACAAGCUCAACGUCAGGCUUACCGGUUAUGGCUGGGCAAAGACGCGUAUGGCAGCGCACUUCUACUUCCCCGAGGACUUCAACCUCGACCACAUCGACACCAUGCUGAGAGCGUUCACCCGCGACAUCAAGUACACCAAGGACUGGGGCUGCGAGUCCUGCGGCGACCCCGCGCAGGAGGUUGUGUUCGAGUACAUAGCCGACUCCCCCAGCGGCCUCAAACUAGUCGUCGCAUCAGCCCACUUCAUGUGCAGCAAGGACCAGCAGCGCGCCGUGCACAAGGGCGUGUCCCGCGUCCACGACACGAUGGACUACCUCGGCCUCGAGGGCGCGGGUGCGCCCUACCCGUCGAUGGCGAAACGCCCCGCUGGGGUCGUCUACGCGCUCGCGAGGGGCUGCGCAGGGUGCCGCAUGACGCGUUACUGCGGGACGGUGUGCCAGAAGAGGGACUGGGCGCGGCAUAAGGGCGUGUGCGGCAAGGUGCACGAGGUGGUGUUCGAGAACUGGACUUAG